CACACUGUCACCCUGUCACCCUGGUUGUCAACGGUUGGCGAGGUGUUGUGAGGCCUCAGUGGCAGUCAGCGCUAUUUUUGUCUCGGAGCAAGAGGUGUCGCCAUACAAAGCACUCGGCAAAGGUGUUUUCCCACCGACUGUGUGAUACCUGUAGUCAGUGUAGUGAUUAGCGUAAUGGGACUCGCAAUCUGACUGUCUUUAUGGACGAUCAGCAACAAAGGCUGCUUAACCUGCCGACGGGUUUUUACACAGCAAGACACCGAAAAGGACUAGUAGAGAAGACGUCCGACCGAGCGCUGGAAGCUGCACGACACACGAGCAAUGGCAGCAGGCACGCGGAGCAGCGCAUACAGCACCAUCAGCGUGCGCACGUGGAGCGAUGUGGACGACGACCUCGCCGUAGUCAAGCGCGACCUCCAGGCUCAUUUCAAGCCUUUAUUUGAAAAGCACGGACCGGAAGGUGUGCUCAUCAGGAAGCUUCGUCAGGAGCUGGAGAGUCAGAGGACGGCGAAUCUGAUGAGUCGACAGUCGUUGACCAACGCUUUGACAAAAGCUGACAAAGACGGCGACGAAUACUUGUCCUUCCAAGAAUUCACGGCCAUGAUAACAGCAGACCUGAAGGAAGAACGAAGGCUUGCCUUUCGUGGCAUGCUGCUGUCGGCGUUGGGACAUGUAGGAGUGCUGCCAAAAAGGAAACGAGAUGAUUUUCUUGCCAACUACACGAUCUGUCCACCGCCUUUAUUCAUCCCCAUCAUCACUCUUGUGCAGGUCAUCAUCUUCAUAGCCUACGUUGUGGACAUGGACAAGCGUGGAUUGACGGUGACAGCGACUGACGGGUACCCGACCUACAGUCCUCUGUCCUACAACCCUAAACGGCGCUAUGAGGUUUGGCGCUUCUUCACCUACAUGUUCCUCCAUGACGGCUACCUUCACAUUGUGUUCAACGUGCUGACACAACUGUUAUUUGGCUUCUGCCUUGAAAUUGUGCAUGGCUGGUGGCGCGUGGCUAUUGUCUACCUUUGCGGCGUUACAGCAGGGUCUUUUGCUCACUCUGUGGUGGACCCUUGGGUGGGACUGAUAGGAGCAAGUGGCGGGGUGUACGCUCUACUAGGUGCACACUUGGCAGCAGUCGUAACUAACUGGAAAGAGAUGAACUACCAUCUGUGUAAUGAGGAGGAGUUCCAGUCCAGACGGCUUUUCGCAGCUGUGCGUAUUUUUGCCAGUGCUCCUUUCCGCCUGGCUAUGAUUGUGCUGAUUGUCCUCCCAGACACCGGGCUGGCCAUCUUCCGACGAGUAGCGUUAAACGAGAACCUGCGAGUUGGUGUGUCUGCUCACGUGGGCGGCUUUCUGACAGGUCUGUUCCUGGGAAUACCAGUUCUGAGAAACAUUAACGAGCAUGCAUGGGAGACGAACCUGGGUUGGGUGACACUGGUCGUCUUCCUUGUCGUCUGUGCCUUUGCUGUAUUCUUCAACGCCUUUCACACAGGCUACCCACCAACGGACUGGAGCUGAUUCUUCCAAACCUAUCCACACAUAUGUAUAUCUGUGCAUCUACGGCCACGUGUGUAUGCAUGAGAAUCAGAUGAGAUUGCAAACACAAAAAUACCUGUAUUUUCCAGGCAGAAAUUUCUCAAUUUGUUUCCCCCAGCCGAACUCAUUACAAUAUUAAUAAAAAGCUUAUUGGUAAUUUUUAAAUAUCUUAAUAUAGUUCCUACAGUGACCUGUAAAACAAAGUUAUGAAAAACUUUUAACAUAAAAUCGUUGAAUCAUCCUUGCAAUAUUUUCCCAUAAAUUUGUAUAUCAAAGUAUAGGUAUACCGACUAUAAUUGCACCAAGGCUUGAUCGUCCCCGGUGAAGAAUGGAGCAUGUCAGACCUUCAUUUAUUCCUGCAGAGUAACUUGGCAGCUAAAAUAUCAUGCUUGUAUAUGAGUUGAUGUUGGUUUGAUGAAUGUGUGAAAUGUGCCAAAGUAUUAUUGUACUAUAAUGCCAUCAUGUUGUUAUGGGGUGUGCACUUAUUUUACUAUAGUAUUGUUUUGCAUGGGUAAAUGUAUAAUUUUCUGUAUAUUAAUUUGUGCAUUUGAACGGAUUAUUAAAGUACCGUUGUCAACGUUAUACAACCUAUCUAGUUGUUGACGAUUUCUUCAUUAAUAGAAAACUUCUACUGGUAUUAUAUCAUUUUUAAAAACCAGUCUAAGGUUCUAUAGCUUUUAGAUCAAAAUGAAAAAGAGGAAAGCUAUUUUAUUAAUAGUUUUUUUUUUUCGUGAAGCCAGUCAAAUUUCUGAUAAGGAGAAUAGCGGGCAAUAGGAGACGAAGAGGAAAGGUACAGAUUUGAAUAUGAAGGAGCUCGUAGAGAAAAAUGUAAUUUUAAUGGACAUACAGGCAUAAAUUUGGAAACGAGACGACCGGAAAUGAAAUAUGCGUCUUUGAACGCAGUAUUAUAAUUCUUGGACAUUGUUGCUUCAUGAGGACACUAAACGAGAAAUGACAAUGUUUAAUUGUUACAUUUACAGUGUGCUACUAACUUGUGUCAGUUUGUCAGCCAGUAUUUAUGACACUUGUCUUGUGUUUUCACAUUUUGACAAUAAAGAUGAUCGUAUUCUAUA